GGAUAGAAAUGGGCAGGGAAAUGUAGAGGAGCCGCCAGUUCAUUUUACUCUUUCAAUCCCACUGUUGACUUCACUCCGCAUACAUCACGAGGAAACGCCAGCGUCCAUUAUUUGUCAUUCCAAGACGAAGAGAUCUCAAGAAAACCAUCCACCCAUACAUUAUUUAUUACUGUAAUAAACUCCCAUGAAAACUUCAAGGAUUUGCUGGGUGUGGGGUUUGGAAGCCUUCUCGAUCGCAGCUAUUGCUUUUGCCUUCCUCUUUUUCUCGCCCCCAUCUUCUUCUUCUGCUGCUGCUGCUGAAGUUUCGAGGCCGCUCACGAAGCUCAAGCGCCCGGUGGUUCUCUUUAUUUCCUCCGACGGGUUUCGGUUCGGGUAUCAGUACAAAACCCACACUCCAAAUAUUGACAGGUUAAUCAAGAAUGGGACUGAAGCUGAGCUGGGCUUAAUCCCAGUGUUCCCAACUCUGACUUUCCCCAAUCACUACUCAAUUGUGACCGGUUUAUACCCUGCUUAUCACGGGAUCAUAAACAAUCACUUUCUUGAUCCGGACACCGGCGAGGCUUUCACUAUGCAAAGCCAUGAGCCCAAGUGGUGGCUUGGGGAGCCACUCUGGGAGACCGUGGUGAACCACGGUUUGAAGGCUUCGACUUAUUUCUGGCCCGGUUCUGAGGUUCAUAAAGGUUCUUGGAAAUGUCCCGAGCUCUACUGCAAGAGAUAUAAUGGUUCUGUGGAGUUUGAAGAGAGGGUUGAUACCGUGUUGAGAUACUUUGAUCUCCCUGAUCAGGACAUCCCUUCGUUUAUGACAUUGUAUUUCGAGGACCCUGAUCAUCAAGGGCACAAAGUGGGCCCCGACGAUCCUCAGAUCACCGAGGCUGUCACUAGAAUUGACGCCCUGAUGGGGAGGCUGAUUCGCGGCUUGGAAGAACGGGGAGUUUUUGAUGAUGUCACCAUCAUAAUGGUUGGCGAUCACGGGAUGGUCGGUACAUGUGAUAAAAAACUAGUCUUUUUGGACGAUUUUGCCCCAUGGAUUGAAAUUCCAGAGAGCUGGAUCCAAGAUUACACUCCAUUGCUUGCAAUCAGCCCACCGGCGAAUUACUCAGCUCGCGACAUUGUUUCCAAGAUGAACGAAGCAGUAAAAUCUGGGAAAAUCGACAACGUGGAGCAUUUGAAGGUUUAUCUCAAGGAGGAUUUGCCAGGCAGGCUGCAUUACUCUGGAAGUGACCGAAUCCCUCCCGUGCUUGGUUUGCUCGACGAAGCAUAUAGCCUCAAGAGGAAGAACACGGGAGCGAAAGAGUGCGGUGGGGCCCACGGGUACGACAACGGCUUCUUCUCGAUGAGAACCAUUUUCAUAGCACACGGCCCACGGUUCGCCAGAGGCAGAAAGGUCCAAUCUUUUGAGAAUGUCCAGAUAUACAACUUGGUCACAGAGAUCCUGAACUUAACUGGUGCACCGAAUAACGGGACUUCGUCGUUCCCAGACGAAGUUCUUCUUCCCGCGCAGGGGUCGUUCGGGGAUUGAUUUCUCCGGGCACGGAGUGUUUGUAGGGCGCGUUUGGAGACUCUUAAGAGAGCAAAGAUGUGCUGUGUCUCAUGUGUUUGCAUACAAGUUCGAAUUGUAGGUAAUAAUGAUGAACUCAUAUCAUGUAGGGAGGGUUCACUUGUGUAAGGAAUUCCAGUUUCCAUUGCAAGGAUUCAAAUCAUGACCAUUGUAAGGCUUCACUUGUUUCUUCUACUACUAUUCUGUCAUU